GCCGCAAGUGAGUCAUGAGUGAAGGUCAGUUUUAUAACAGGAAGUCAACUUUACGUAACUAAAUGGGCAAAUUUUCAAAUACUGAGUUUAUUAGAAUACGAAAUCUUUUGAUUCAUUGAAAGACUAUAACAGCUAGUAUGAGGAAAGCAGGACUUUUCUUGAUAGUUUUUGUUGUUCUACUGGCUUUAGUGCUUCGAAUAGCAGGAUUUCGCUCAGAUCGACAGCACUUUCCAGACGAAUUUUUAGAAAAUUAUGAAGUUGUUCACCUAAAGCGAGUUCUUGAUGAUGGUCGAUACCGGCGUUCUGCAGACCCUCUUUCAACAGUUUACAAGAAUGGUCACCAAGAAGAAAUUUCUUUCUCAGUUGAAGGAUUUGGGAGGCGUUUUGUUCUCCAGUUAUCUCGUAAUCGAGGGCUGUUACCAAAAGGCUCAAGGCAUAGUUUCGUUAGCUCCAAAGGAAUUCUCACGAGUCAACCUUUCAAGUCAAUAGAUAAUUGCUAUUACCAUGGGACAAUCAAAGGUCUACCAAAGUCUUCAGUAGCUAUUAGUACUUGUGGAGGCAUUGAGGGACUGAUAUUUGAUGGAAAUGAGAGAUUUUAUAUCCAACCUUCUGAGGAAAUUAGAAAUACGACACAUGCCAACCCACACAUCAUGUUUAAAAUGAGUGACCUCAAGCUCCCCAAAGUAAAGUGUGGUCACGACCAUGAGCAUGAUGUGAUGGAGUUACUACAUACUAGCAAAAUCAAAACAAGGAAAAGGAGAAAUAUAGAUUCUGAGACAAAGUAUAUAGAACUGGUUUUGGUAAAUGAUAAUAGUCAGUACAAAUACUACCAGGAAAACACCACUCAAAGAGCUUUAAAGAUUGUCAACUAUGUGGAUUCUUUCUACCGAGCAUUAAAAGUUCGAGUUGCACUGAUAGAAAUGAUCACAUGGAAGGAUAAAGAUGAAAUUUUGGUCGGAAACAAUUCAAAUAAAGCUUUAGCAAAUUUUGUUAAAUGGAGGAAUGUUGUUCUUAUGAAGAAUAGGACAUUUUAUCAUGACAACACACAGCUCUUGACUCAUAUGCAGUUUGAAMGGCAGACUGUGGGAAAGGCUCAUGUUCUUGCAAUAUGCACAACUCGUUCAGCAGGGGUUGUACGGGAUCAUUCAUCAAAUGCUGCUGCGACAGCUGCUACAUUAGCUCAUGAAAUGGGACAUAAUCUUGGACUAGAUCAUGAUGAUAGAAAAGAAUGUAAGUGUCCUGCGAAGAAAAAAGAUCAAGUCUGCAUAAUGUCUGGAGUGGCCAGAUUUGAGCCCGCUACAGAUUGGUCCUCUUGUAGCGUUAAAGAGUUUCAAAAAAUGCUUGAUAAGGGUCUUGAUUCUUGUCUUUUCAAUGAACCAAAGGAGCUUUAUGGAGAUCCAGUGUGUGGCAAUGGCUUUAAAGAGGAAGGAGAGGAAUGUGAUUGUGGCAACUACACUGAGUGUGAAAAAUACACUGACAACUGCUGUGAUCCAAGGACUUGUAAACUCCUGUCUCAUGUCGAAUGUGAUGAAGGGCCAUGCUGUGAAAAAUGCAAGUUUAAGUCUUCAAAAGUAUUGUGCCGAAAGAAAGUAACAGAAUGUGACUUGCCGGAAUUCUGUAGUGGAAGUUCAUCAUUGAGAUAUAUUUUGUGGUACGCUGCAUUGUACUAACACGAAAACCGACCUGCCUGUCAUUGGCUCAGAUCGUAAAGUUUACAAGUACACAUAUAAGACUGAGAAGGGCCCAAUAGAAUGCAGGAGUGCCUCGCUAGAUCUUGGACGUGACGUUCCUGAUCCUGGAAUGACAAAAGAAGGAACAAAAUGCGGCGAUGAAAAGGUUUGUCUUGGUCAAGAAUGUGUAAACGUAACACAACUAUAUCUGUCUAACCCUAAAUGUCCAGGCGACUGCUCUUCACACGGGGUUUGUAACAACGAGGGUGAUUGCUUCUGUGACRAUGGCUGGGGAGGAAGGGAUUGCAGUAAAAACAUUGGUUUGGCCGGUCAGAGCAAACUUGCUGGCUAUGUCAUACUGGUUUUCUUAUGUAUCGCACUGGUUGCGGGAUGCGUCGGAGGGUUCAUCUUUCGAGAUCAACUCAAAACAAAAUGGCAAGAACGACAACAAAGUAGACAGAAAAGGUACCGAUCAGUGGAAGGAAAGCCCACUCUCUCACCAUCUUCGAAAACAGCUUCAGAAACAUUAACCGACGGUAGAGAAGUGCCUUCCGUUACCAUCGCACCCAAGCCUCCUCCACCUCCUGCUUCAAGACCUGUGGCAAGUCGUCAGCCAGGAAAGAUUGAACUUCCGAGCUGGCCGGCCGAAAAUAGACACGAUGAGCUUGGAGCACCGGUUCCAAGAAGGGCCCCUCCUGGAAUCCCAAAGCAAUCGAGUUUGAACAGAGCUUCGAGCCCCCCGAUCGGUUCAUAUGAUUCUAAACCUGCUGCCGGAGCCAGACCUGGUAGUUACGCGGGAGUUCUAGACACAACACCUGUGAACAAGCCACCACAAAGACCGUCUCCUUUAGCAGGACUAAGUCAAGGUUCUACUAACAGACCACUGCUACCGUCGGAAAUAAAGAAAUCACAGGAAACGAUUGGAGGCGUUGGUCCACGACCCGCACAGCCUCAUAAACCAGCAAGAAUGCCACCACCUCUGCCUAGCAAACCACCUGCCACAGGUUUUACAAACAACAGAUGAAUAUUAAGUAGGUUCUACUUCCGUUUCCAAACCUAGUUUGGUUUCAAAGAGAGUGAAGGCAUUCAACACGUGAAAUAAGAAAUGUCGGUCAAACGUGUAAUAGUCAAAUAGACACACACAAAAAACAAUGGAAUUAGGGUCUACUAACGUGUAUUUUUCUAAUAUCUAUUGCACGGGUUAAGUGACUUCACUCUAGUGACUACACUCUAACUUCGUUCUAACACUCUAACUUAGGGCGAGCCUAGCUGUUUAGGGCUGACCUGUGUAGUAAAACAUGAAAAAAUAAUUCGACCGGCUCCAGCGCUAGGACCACCUUACCUAGUGUACCUGUAUUGAAUUCUUAGUAUGACUCGCAUAUUUUAUCGCAUUUUAUUUUUUCGCAUUUCCCCCCCCUUUCUUAGUCCAAUGACUCAAUCGUCUCUCCGUGCACUUCUUCACAGGCUUCAAAACAUUCCAAAAGAUCCUUCAAAACGUAUUCCCAUUACGAGUUUCCAGGUCAUUUGAAGACUUUGGAAGUAUUAACGCCAUCCUAGAAGUUAUUGCGUUGCACAAUGCACAUUGGGAUUUUAUAAGGCCAUGCUCAUUUUUUGAAAAUUUCCCAGGAUGAUUUGCGUGAUGCGGUCGUGACGUAAAUGUAUACAACGACUGACAAAUGGCUUCCCGGCACUCUAAGCCAAUCAAAUAAGUUCACCGACACCCAAUCACAUGCCAUGAGAAAGCCAUUCUAAUGUCACGGCAUCGUGAGUUAAAAUUUAUGUAAAUUUAUAUUUUCUAAAUUUUGUUAUUUCUUCAAAUGAAAAAAAAAAAAUGUUGAAAAGGUUAUAAUUAAAGUGCGCGCCUUGCGCUAGCGUUCAUUCAAAUCGGGGUUCGUACGCUCAUCUGAUCAAAUAUUAAAAUUCUUGAUAGUUGUACAAAAAUGAUUCAAGCAAAAGGCGUUUUUAUUUAGCUUGGCAAAUAUCUUUUUUGCAGAUAACAUAAACUAAUGAUUAAUAUAAUAUAGUAAAAUUGAAAAUUCCGUAAAUCUAGAAUAUAAUAUGAUAAUUUAUAAAAAAUAAUGUUCAGGCCGCAACAUUUCAGUUGUUGGCACUGAUUCAAGUCAAAAUUCAUUAGUAGGUGUGUUUUAAAAUUCUGUUGUAAAAUAGCUAAGAUAAAUAGUAAGUCGUAAAAAGUACCUCGACAAGAAAAUAUAAAGAAAUAAAAAUGGGACUGAUUUUUUAA